AUGCCGACGUCCCGGCCUGGUUCGGAGCCGGUGGAAUUCUGGGUUGAGGGGUCGAGGCGGGACGGGACGGUGGAGGAGUUCUACACCCUGAGCUCCGAGCUGGGCAGAGGAGCCACGUCCGUUGUGUAUCGCUGUGAAGAGAAACAGACUCAGAAACUGUAUGCUGUCAAAGUCCUCAAGAAAACGAUUGACAAGAAAAUCGUUCGAACUGAAAUCGGUGUCCUGCUGCGUCUGUCCCACCCAAACAUUAUCCAGCUGAAGGAGAUUUUUGAGACGGACACUGACAUUGCUCUGGUGCUGGAGCUGGUGACUGGAGGAGAGCUGUUUGACAGGAUUGUGGAGCGAGGUUACUACAGCGAGAGAGACGCAGCGCACGUCAUCAAACAGAUCCUGGAGGCUGUGGCGUAUUUACAUGAGAACGGUGUCGUGCAUCGUGACCUCAAACCAGAGAACCUACUGUACGCUGACCUGUCGCUGGACGCUCCGCUCAAGAUAGCCGACUUUGGUCUUUCCAAAAUCAUUGAUGACCAGGUGACCAUGAAGACCGUCUGUGGUACUCCAGGGUACUGCGCUCCAGAGAUCCUGCGGGGAAAUGCCUACGGCCCUGAGGUGGACAUGUGGUCGGUGGGCGUCAUCCUCUACAUCCUACUCUGUGGGUUCGAGCCCUUCUUUGACCCGAGGGGGGAUCAGUACAUGUACAGCCGAAUCCUCAACUGCGAUUACGAGUUUGUGUCUCCGUGGUGGGACGAGGUCUCCCUCAAUGCCAAGGAUUUGGUCAGUAAACUGAUUGUCCUUGACCCUCACAAGCGCCUCAGUGUCCGGGAGGCCCUGCAGCACCCCUGGGUGCUGGGUAAAGCUGCCCGCUUCUCCCACAUGGACACCACGCAGAGGAAACUACAGGAGUUCAACGCUCGGCGUAAGCUCAAGGCUGCCAUGAAGGCCGUUGUUGCCACCAGUCGGAUGCACGAGGGCUCGCGGCGUCGUACCGACAGCUGUGAGAUUCCCGGCUCAGGGGCUUCCAGGCAGAGCAGCAUGCAGCAGGACCCGCCUCCUGAGUCCACAGGCCCCGCCCCCACAGACAAAGAGGCUACACCCCCGGAUCAACAGCUGCAGGACGAUGAUUCAAAGUCCACUGAGCAAAGCGCCCUCAGCCCCUCUCCUCCACGCAGCCCCAAACCCCCUAGCUCUGAUGUUGCGCCCACAGGCCCCACCCCCACCAGACCUCCGCUGCGUGCCGAUGGGCUGCGACAGGCAUCCGUCGCCCCCAAAACCGUGCUGGUCCAACCCCGGCUGCCGCAGAAGAGCUGCUCCUUGGUAGAGCCCACUUCCAGAGUGGAGGCCACACCCUCGCUGGCCUCGCCACCAAGUCCCAACAGCCUCAGCAAUGGCUACACGCCAGGGGCAGAGCCUGCCAGUAAGACCACCCAUUGCCAGUGAUCACCUGACAAACAGAGCAGAGACGCUCCACUCUGCCUCAGUUUCACACAGUAAUGAGGCUCAACCUUCAUUAGCGCUUCACAAACAUCCAACAUCUUUUAUUGGGACCAAAUUACACCAGAACUUAAAGUGUCUGUAACAUCCAGCUAACGUUUAACCUGUACAACCACAUCUUCCAGUUCUGUAGCGAAGCUCUUGCUAACAUGCUAACAGCUACGUACUCACUGAGGUUUGGCUGGAUGUUUUUGCAGCUGGGCAGCUGUUCUGUUUCUGCUGUUGAGCUGCUGGUUUUUAGUGUGGAGGCUGGACAUGAUUCUGUCCCAUAUCAGGACUCAUCACAUCUCCUGUGCUCUUUUUACUGUGGUAAGAAAAACACCAGAGUGCACAAACGAAUCCCGCUAACACAUUUUGUCCUGUACAUCAACCUCUAUCCUCCAACCUCUGAGUUUAGUGCUGAAAUCAGGUCAGAUCCAUAGGAAACUCACCUGCACAAAAUGAGCAUGUUUACAACCAAAACACAGCGUUACACUGGUGGACAUCUGGAAUCUGUUCACAGGUAUUUACACCUGUCUCCCUGCUGCUGUGUUGUGAUCAGAUCUCAGUACUGGGUUGAGUGACAGGCGAAAACAUUAGCGAGGCUUCUGCUAACGAGGCAAAUCGGAGCUGGUGGAGAAGGUUGUCUCAGGCCACAGUGGUAUUCAGUGUAUCAUUUUGUUCAUCUCUGUAACCCUGCUCUCCGAUCCUGUUAGCAAGGACUCGGGUCAGAAAUCUCAGACAUGGGAGAGAAAAUCAGGGAGGACGAGGAGACCAGGUCAGGUUAUCUCACCAUCCCAGUUAGCUGCUGCGUUUGAUCGUGUGCUGCGUUUCCUUUUGUGCUCUACCUCAAUCAGGAUAUUCGCCCUUAUGUGUUUGGAUUAUUCAACAGGCCUAUGGUGCACAGGCCCGAGGGGCCCAGGAGGUGGUUGGGUUGUCUCAUAAUCUGUCCAUGGUCAUGAACCAACAUUUGACUGUCUGUCUCCAUUUUCCAGACCUGGCCUGGUCUUGCAGGACAUAUCAGAGUCCUGAAAUAAAGCAGCUUCGUGGUCUCGACUCUCGACUAGAGUCAGUGACAGGCGUCAUUUUCACCUGCUGAGAUCUGAUCACAGAUGCGAGUCACCUCCAAAUUUGAUUUGGACCAACUGUACAUGUAAGGACAACACACACCAGUGUCGCUCUAGAGUUGUGUGAGUCCACGCACAUAAUUUGACUUUGUCUAAACCUAAAACAGUGGUUGUGUUUGUGAGAAGAGGCUUCAGUGGUCCGGUGGUUUACCGCCAGUUGAAGUCCUGAUAUGGGACAAACAGAGACUCCAGCCUCCUCUCUGGCUUCUUCUUCUCUUGGUUCAGAAGGUGAAUUUUUUUCUCGGACGCUCAGGACGGAGCUGAUUGAUUGUAUUUUAUUAAGCUUGAGUACCACAGACACUGAUGUGAAGGACGAGGAGCGAGAGCAGCUUCUUCUCUCUCCGGUUCUUCUGCUUCUUCUUCUGCAUCCCUUUUUGUUUUGGAGCAUGAGUUCAGACUUCAACGUUGCUGUAAAACUCUGAGAGGAGAAAAAGGAGAUUUCUGCUUCUCAAAGAGACACUCUGCUUUGAGUUUUUUAUCCUUUCUACUCUUUACUGUUGACGCCCUCUGACUGUAUGAGUACAUAGUGUAGCUCCAGUCUUUAGAGUUCAGGUGAGAAACAUGUUGUGUUUGUGAGCUUCUAGUAAAACAUUGUGUUGUUUACACUUUAUCAGCAGUGAGGUGGAUCUCCUGCUUGCACUGUACAUAGUUUGGUUUUAGGCAGAUUAUUACUGACAUUUACAAAACCAGAGACACGUUCAGUUUUCAGACCCCCCCAAAAAUACCAGAUUUGACCUUUGGUGGAAAUCAAACCUUUUCAUCUGAUCUGAAACCACACGUUCUACCUCUUUUUGUACAGGGGCUUCCAAAAUGAUAAAGUGACGCAGAUGCAGAGAAAAUAAUGAAAGGAGACGAGCAGGCGGACCCGAAGCCACUCAAAGAAAAAAGAUUCCACAAUUUAUACACAAAUCAACGGUGGCCCAGAGAGUCCAAACAGUACUACAGCCUGAGAAAACAGCAGCGUCCUGUCGGCAGCUGGUUUAGAGACAGCAGAGUCCAGACAGAGACCAAACCAACAACUCUGCUACAAGUCAGGGGUUUAGAGAAGCUGCGUUCAGUCGCUGCACCAUUUAUCAAACAUGAUUCUACUCUGAGACUCUUUCCUUACUGAGGAAGUCACUCCUGUCUCAGCCAAAGUUUAGGGGAGCUGACUGUGCAUUUGGGCUCAUUGUCCUUAUGCAUGAUGAAUCUGGGACACAUCAGAGACCUGAUAAAUCCGGGACACAUCAGAGGCCUGAUGAAUCUGGGACACAUCGGGGGCCAUCCUGAUCUAAACAUCAGUCCUGUGAUAACAGAUCGUUUUUUUUAAAGAGGAAGGGGACGCCCACGCCCCACCACCACUCAUGUCUGUCUUACUGCAAACCAAAAGUGCAUAGGUUCACUGAAUACUAGUGUAGAGGAAGGGUGAUCCAUCAGCUACAUAUAUGAUCCUUUAACUUUGUUGUGCCCCCCACCAAUUUGUGAAACUAAACCUGAAUUUACUGUUUCAGCCGUGACUGACUCUCAGUUACAAGUGAAUGGCAGAUGUGAUAAAGAGGUGCUGUCGUCGUGAUUUGACUCGAACGUCAGAGUUUUUAUCCUCAGGUGGUUCCUCACAGAAUCGGAGAAUCUGAGACACAUGCUAAAUACGGGCCCUGGUCCUGUCUGCGUUUCUGAAACAGCUGUUUCUGUUGUCAAGCUGAUCAAUAGGUUUUCUCCAUUUCUUGUGUUUUCUCAGGUUGUGGUGCUUUUUGUUCUGUCUCAGCCACCGUAUAAAACCCUGGACUGUGAGGAGAAGCUUUAAAGAGGAACCAAACCCACAAACCCAUGGAGCCCCCUGGGGCCUGAAAAAUCAACACAGGAUUAAAAAAAAAAAAUCAUCUCUUAGGGCUAAAGUCUGAAUCCUGACACCUGCUGGUGCUGGACUGGUUGAUCAGGCUGGUUGAACUGGUUUUGAUUGGCUGAUUUGAAGAUGAGACCAAAUGUCAGUCACAGUCAUUGACUGUGUGACAGAUCCUGGUUCCUCUUUAAAGAACAUGAGUUGUCCCCUGAUGGACUGAUCAGUUCCAGCUGGACGCAGCGUUUACCUGUCCACAGGUGUUUGUAACUUCUUGCCAGAUGGAACUCACUGGAUAAACUAGCUGUCAUGGUAAAGAGCAUGUAAACUGUAUAUUUGAUUUUCAUCUAUACUCCUCUGUAAAAACAUGAAUAUUUUGCUUCUAUUUAUCUCGGCCU